GAGUUCAGUGAGUUGUAAUAUGCCAGCGUGGAAAUGCAAAGAUGGCAGCGAAAAUGAACCUCGGAGAAGAUGUUGUGAAAUCACCCGAAAUUUCAGACAAAUCAUCAGCCCCGAAGGCUCGAAAAGCUCUUUCAAUGGAAGAGGGAUUUAGAAAGAUGUUCUUUGAACCUGGUCUAAAACAGCUUUCAGAGCAGAUGGACGAAUCGUUAAAAGAAAUUGAAGAAUAUAACAAGGAAUUGGAUAGAGAACGGGAGGAGAAAUGGAAGAAACGUAUACGAGAAAUACGUAAUCUUCCUCGUGAGAUUGAAGCCAGUGGCCAGAAGAUUGAAGAUAUAGUGAAGAAACUACAAGACUUGAUCUUGUUUGGAGAUGGUACAUCAAAGAAAGAAGUUGUUGCCCAGCCUAGUGAAUUGGAGGAUGCUGCCCACAUCGCCAUGCUGGGACAAACCCUAGCCGCCUACAUGGCUACACUGGACCCACCACACCUCAAGAAACUAUCAACAAGAAUUGUCUCUGAUGUUACACUCUGGCUUUCACGAAUAUUUAGAUUUGAUGACUCUUCGGCAUUCUACCACGCUGAUGACCGUGAUGGUCUUGUACGUGUUUGUCGUUUGGCUCUGAGCAGCAAGUACGAGAAGUAUGGCACUGAAGGCUUCAAUUCACUGUACACUAAACCCCCAGUGAUCUACAUCAGUGCAGCUAGUCGGACAGGCCUUGGCCAGUACCUGUGUACUCAGCUUGGCUUACCACUGUCCAGUCUUUGCACAGUUCCUUGUAAUACUGUGUUUGGAUCAACCCAUACUAUGGAUAUUGCAUCAUUAGAACGGCUUAUCAAAGAUGAUGAUGCAACUUCAAAGACACCUCUCCUUGUUGUUGCUAAUGCUGGCACUCCAAUGGCGGGGCACACUGACAACCUCUCACGAUUACGUUCAAUAAGUGAUGAGUACGGUGUUUGGCUGCAUGUAGAAGGGCAUAACUUGUCAACUUUGGCCCUUGAUUCUGUGCCUACUUCAAUUUUGGCUGCAAAGAAAGUCAACAGUAUGACCCUUGAACCUGGGGUGUGGCUUGGUCUCCCCGGAACCCCUGCAGUAACGCUUUAUAAAACCUCUGAUCCAUCGAUGAGCUUGGCAGCAGAGCUAUGUUUGUCUCAGGUGCAUGAGCGCCUCUGUACUCUCCCUCUGUGGUUAGCUUUGCAGUAUAUCGGACAAGAAGGGAUUGUCAACACCCUAAAAAAUGCUGCUGAACUGAGUCAAAUGAUGCAGCAGAAGUUGAAUCAAUUUGGACCAAUCAACCUUGCUGAACGACCAAAGACAAAAGACAAUGAGAUUAAGCUGGAAGGUACAGUUUUAGACAUAGUCAAGAAUGUCAUCGCGGUGCUUGUGAGUAAAACCAAUAGAAAACUUGGUGAAACUAUGAAUAGAUUAGUUCCCAAAGUGUACAUCGAGGUCGUUUGUGGGGAAGUUGAAGGCGUGUGUCUCCGCUUCAGUCCAAUGCAGUCAGCACCUUAUCACAAAACGAAUGCAGAUGACAUCAAUGAAUUUGUGGAAUGUCUUCAAAAGCAGAUAGAAAUACUAAAUUUCACACUGAAAGAAAAGGAUUCUUUUAAGAAGUGUGUUGAAGCUGAAGAACUCUUGCUGUUUGUUGACUUACCAUCCCAAGCAGGCUUGGGGGCUGUGCAAUACAUUCCAUCCUACAUAUCAGGACAAUUACAUGACAACAAGGAGCAAGCAGACAAGGAACUAACCAAGAUCAACAGGGACCUCUUAGAACGCCUGCAAGCAGACGGUAAAGGUGUCACAUAUUCAGAGGGGGUGAAUCCAGAGAAUGAAACAGCCUGUUUGGUAGUAGGCAUGGCUAGUGAUGGAACAAGUAUAGGGGACAUUGUACAGCUGGUUGCAAAUACAGGAAAGGAACUUGAAGACUCAUCAAAGUUUUUGGAGGUCAUGAAGGAAAUGAUCCAGAAGAAAAUUGAAGAAGCCCAGGAAGAACUUCGAAAAGAAAAUGAACAACGUCUCAUUGAGGAGGGUGUGUUACGGCAGGUUCCAUUGGUAGGAUCGUUUGUUAAUUGGUGGUCGCCUCUCCCUAAGGAACCUUCAAUGAGGGGGCGCUCUCUUAACCUACAAUCAGGCACGUUAGCUAGUACAGAGUCUACGUACAAGUACCACAUGCAGGUCCAAGAAGGCUCUCCAUUGCCCUCUCCAUCGCCUUCUCCAUCAACAAAAUCUGAAACAAGUGGCUUAGCCUCUCCUUCACUAACUCCAAAUGUCACCCCACAAAAACCUGUGCAGAAGAAGGAUUUGGAAGAGGUAGCUGAGCCUUCUAAGGUAGAGGAUGUAGGGGAUGAUGCAACUGUAGAAGGGAGCCCUCUAUCACCUGACCAAGACCCACUAUCAUUAAACCAAGAUCAGAAAUCUGGUACAAGUGACAGCACCACUGCAAGCAGCUUUCAAGAACUUGAUACCAAGGAAUUGGAAACUGAUGAUGCAGCUGACCUAAAGUAACCUAUGACCUGUCUACCAAUGUUAAACGAUCUCAAUUUUUAUAUUAUUUUAAGAUUUGGUUUAAAUCCUAAAAUUUAUUGUGGUUUUAUUUAAAUACUAUGUGAACUUCCUAGUAAAAUGGAUGGAUUUGCCAGAGUUAAGUUUUUUAACUCCUCAUUUUAGUAUGUUUUGUUUUUUAUAUACACAGUAUGUAAAUUUAUUGGAUUUAUUUAAUAGUUUUGACUAUACUGAAUUAUAUUUAAGAUAAUUUCUAUAUUUUAAUAAAGUUGAUUGAUAAAUAACUAUAGAUUUUCAGCUGUUUAGAUAAUGUAUACAUAACUUGAAAGGUCAAGUGAUGAUGUCAUUAAUGAAAUCAAAUGAUGUCAUGUCAUCAAUGAUGUCAUCAUGUAAUAGUAUUAUCAAGUGAUUUGUUUUAUAUUUUAAAACAUAUUUAAUUAAAGUGAGACUCAUAAUAAGUAUGUACAGUGAUGCUGACUCUUUGGUAAUUGGGAUUUUAAUUUAGCCAAUGGAUAUUGGAUUUAUUUCAGUUUAGUAGAUGUUAAAAGAAUAUUUGUAGAUGAUGUUUUAUAUUUUAUACCUUUUAUACCCCCCCCCACAUAAUGGAACACAUACUCAGCUCCUUGGGGAGAAUUCCAUGAUGUUGCAGCUGUAAUCAACGCAUUAUGUGUUUGAACCUACCAGGUACCCACUUGUACCGAAACUUGAAACUAUUAUAAAUAACACAGUGUGAUGAUCUGUGUGUUAAGAGCGCUUAGUCAUCAUUAUCAUAAACGCUGAACAUCUCGCGACAUAGGGCACUAAAAGGACUUCUCGAAUGGGAGCGAUCAUUAGCUAGUAUGUGCAUAGACCUUAUUUUUCUCUUAGUGUCCCUCUCAAUUGUGUUGUGUGAUGCCACACUCACCACAAAAAUAACAUUGAAUAUAUAUGUCAAAUACCUAACAAAAGUGCCUAAUAAAUCUUCAAAUUAUUAUUAUUAUAUUAUUAUUAUUAUUAUUAUUAUUAUCAUCUUAUUAUUACUAUAAUUAUUAAUGAGUAUAAAUUAAAAAGAGGUGUUUCAUUUAACCUUUUCUAUUGUACAUAUUGUGCAGAAAAAUAUGUAUUGUUAAACUUACGGGAAUGGUAUAAAAGAUGUAAGUAAAAUGGUAAAAGUUAGUUGGGUUUGAAAAAAAUGCAUUGUUCUCAUUAUUGGGAACAGUAUGUUUUUUUUGUCAAACCAGUAUAUAACAUUUACAUAUUUCUAAUAGACAGAAUUUAAUAUUAUUGAUUAUGCUGUAAAUAAAUAAUUUAUGGGGUAAAAGAUAUUUUACAAUUUUUUGGAUGGGUGAUCUAGAUGUAGACUUUUACUUUAUCAUGUUGGAAUUUGUUUAGAAUUUAGAAGUUGCAAUUGUAAGAAAAUGGAAAUUAUGUGAAUAAAUUACAAAUAUACACUA